AUGGAUUCGAAGAAGCCAGUUUCCGAAUAUGAAGAAGAUAUCCAAGUUUUCGAUAAUCAAUUUGGAUACCUUAGAUCAUCAGUGGAGAUUUUGUCUAAUUCUGAUGAUGGUGAUGAUGAAACUAAAAAUCUUACCGAUGCUGAUGAAGAAGAGUUGCAGGAUUGUGAACAGGAAGAAUCAAGAGGCAGUAACAUACGCAUAUCACCCAAGGGAACACAUACUGGACGCCCAAUGUUGCAAAGCAGGUACGAUAUGAUUUUUGUUCCAUUUACUGGUGUCGAUCAUCACAAGAAAUGUGUAAAUUUUGGUGCUGCUUUGUUAUACAACGAAACGUUUGAUUCAUACAAGUGGCUACUGGAGAAAUUUCUUCGUAUACAUGGUGGUAAGCAACCAAGAUUAGUUUUGACAGAUCAAGAUCCAACUAUGAAGCAAGCUGUAUCUAUUGUGUUGAAUGAAUCUGUUCAUCGUCUUUGCAUGUGGCAUAUUAUAACCAAGCUUCCGUUUAAGUGGGUUCCUGGUUAUUUUCGAGAUAUUCCAAUGUGUUGUUUGAUGAAAACAACAUCUAGAUGUGAGAGUUCUAAUGCAAGUUUUAAAGUAAACUCUAGUGCAGCCAACACGUUGGUACAAUUCAUGAUGUGCUUCGAUACUAGACUUGAUGAACAACGGAACAAACAACGAGAAGCUGAAUACAAAACUAACACAACAAAUCCUAUUUUACAUUCUAAUUCGCCUAUUGAGCAGCAUGCGGCUGAUAUUUACACACGCACCAUUUUUCUUGAAGUUCAAAAAGAGAUGAUUAAAAAGGUAACGAAUUGUAUGAUUGGGAUUCCUAAAAUUGCUGAUGGAAUCAAAGUUUACUUGAUUCAUCACAAGGAUAAAAGGUCUGAUGUAGUUGGAAGGUUUAAGGUUUCUAUCAAUUUGUCUGAUCUGACAGUUACAUGCUCUUGCAUGAGUUUUACACGAAUUGGAUAUCUAUGCCGCCAUGUUUUCAUUGUUUUCAGCAUGGAGAACAUUCAUAAAAUUCCUAAUCAUUACCUAAUUGACCGUUGGAAAAGGGAUGCACUACCAAAACAGGUGUUUAGCAUUGAGAAUAGGUAUGUUGUGAACAACAAUGCAAACGCAAAAAUUAGGAAUGAGAUUUUUGAUGAUGUUCAGCAGUCUACAGAUCGGAUCAGGUGUGAAAUGGAAAAACUUCUUGUAUUUGCCCAAAAAAUCAAGGAAUUGAAGAACGAAAUCUUUGCAGAAUUUCCAUACGACCCAAACCAUGGAAAUAAAGGAGCUGCAAUGUAA